AUUAUCCCCAUAGUCGGCAGCGCUACUACUUACCACCGGUUUCCAAAGCACGCCGCUUUCUAAGCCACUCGGGGAAAGGAAGCCGGCGGACACAACGAUGUCUGUUUCGAUGCACUCCGAUGCGUGCGACGUUUACCUCUGUUGCGCGCCGAUCCAGCACAGGAAUUCUGCAAGCGCGAAUGUGCUGUCGUACUUCGCUUCAUCGUCGAGAAGCGUGUGCGGCGAUUCGUGGGAGAAGCACUGGCUAGUGAUCUUCGACUACGGCAAGGCCGUGGUGCUCAUCUGCGACGCAGACAUGGACCACGCUGGAGACCUGACGGGUCGCAAGUACUGGAAGAAGCGGACAGUCCUCAAGGGCACCUACUCGUACAAGAAGCACCUAGGAAAGCACACAGUUCCGGAGGAGCACGUCGAGGCGGUCAUGCGAGCGAUGUGCGACUCGGGCCCCUACCACUUGACGAAGAACAACUGCCAGAAGUGGGUCAAGGAGCUGCUGCGUCGGCUGGGCAUAGAGACGCCUUCGGACGAGCGCGACGCCGAAGCCGUGGUCGAGGAAGUCGUCCAGCCAGCCCUCAACACGGGCUACGCCGUCGCAUUGCUCUAUGGCGCCUGGGUGGCGGCUAAGUUCGUCUUGACCAGGGGACGCUUCUAGAAGCAACUAAGACUAGCAGUAAUGGCGUCGUAUUCCUUCGCGGCGAGCAGCCGAUUCCGCUUCGCUGCAUCUCAAUAGCACAUCAAACGAUGAAGAUGCUGGUGCACAAAUAAGUGAUCAGUCGGCGUCCUUACGGAAUUUGAGCUUGUACGUAAACCCUUUGCGUAGUACCGGGCUGCUAGAGUAAGCAGGUGCGUAAACGUGAGCGGCACAGCACACAUACUCAUUAAUUGUUGCAGUAACUGCCAUAUUGUACUUGGCUGCUGUGUCGACAGGGACUUAAGUCCUAAUAUGCAGCCUUCGUAAAAUUUUGCUUUGAAGAGAACACCCAUAUAACCCGAAAAAAAAAAAAAAACUAACGCAUUCAGGCUUGGCAAAGUGUCUCCAGGUGUCGCUAGCAGUAUUGUUCACAUCUCCGGUAAACCACUGUUUGGCGUAGGUUAAUUAAAGUCUGCGGAUAAGCUAAGAAUCUCCACACCUACUAAAACGUUUAUUUCACUUAUUUAAAGCCAGUUCUUCCGCUUUGUUUACCCCGAGCACUGGUGCAUACAAAGUUUAAAGGAAAAUUGAAGCACUUGCCGUCUAUUUCAAAAAUUGGGUCAAAGGAUUGCAGUUAAAGGUGCGACCAGGCAAAAGGAACAAAAAAGAAGCUGUUGAUACCCCUUGCCUUGUUUUGAUAUGUUCCUUCUUUCCAACACGUUUGUUUCUCAAUUUGAUGUUCAGUUUAGAAGUUAUACUGUUGUUCUCUGGUCAUUCUGGCUCUUGUGUACGAGAAGCACUAUGUACUUCGAAAUAUUUAUGAGAAAUCUGUAGCGUAAGUUUUCCUCCCGAAUAGCUGUACAAAACAGCUAUUCCGGAGGGAAAUACUAACAGCACACACCUAUUAAACAAUGUUGCUUAAUAACAAACGAAACAUUGCUUUCAACUGGCAACCUUCAAUAGGUUGUUCCAUUCGGAAAUGUGGUCGGGAAAAUGGCUUAAUAACAUCACUGCGACACCUUACUAUUACGGACGUAAAUAUACCGCCACCACUUUAACCUGAAUUAACUAACUUUUCAUAUAAAAUAGGGUGGUAAUGCUGCAAAUCUCUGUCGAUGCCAAUCUUUUGAAAAGUUAUACGCUAUAAAGCAGUAUUUGUGCUAUUCUUCGGCAAUUUACCCACUUGAAAUCCACUGAGCAGUGUACUUCUUAAACGAUAGCAACCACACGAAUCCAACAAAAAGUCAAUAAAAUAUUCCUCAUAUUAUUGUGGCUUAAUUUCAUUUCUAUUAAAGGCGCUGUCGCAUUCACAGGGAGAGGCGUCUUGACGUGACGUUAUUUCGACUUAUUUUAUUUUUAUUUUUUUCCCCUUUAAGUGAGUGUCGAAACCCUAGAAAACAUACUGUCCAGCGCAGCAUGUGUCGUAAAUUAUUCACUGCAAUGUUUGUGAAACAGUUUAGCUUUCGGGAUCCAGGAGGCGGAUACUUCAUGAUGCAUUUAAUUGCUCGCCCCGUUCCUGCGAUCGCUGCGGCUAUGCCACGCUCCUGCGCAGCUGGAAGAAACUCGCUCAGGCCCCCGUGUUAAUAUCCAUUAGCAACGUCGAAAUGCCUAUCCUUGUUGAGACACAAGAACAGUAAAUUUGGCUGUCUGUCAUAGGGUCAUGAUAAUGAGAGUGACUUCACGUCCGGCAUUUUAUACCAACUUUAGCGUAAAAUGAAAGAUACUUUUUAAAUGUUUCCCGAUCGUCACAAUUUCCAAGUGUCACUUUGCGUCUGAGAAGCGUGUGGCAGAAUUUCUGUGCAACUUCGAAGAUGCAUGUUAGUGCUCAGUACUCCUUUAAGAAUGAAGCGCCACCUCACUCGCAUUAAGGCAAUGCUAUUGCACAUUGGCAAAUGUCGACAGGGACUCACCUUUCGGAAAGCUGCGAUUCGGAAAACUUGGGAAUUGAGUAAAACAAGUGUCAUGAUGCGAUAUCGUGCGAGCUAAGCGUGCCCUGUGAUUUGGCGCCUGAUUUGAGACGGUUAGGACUCUGGGUGGACGGCUGGUCUAGUUCCAGUAUCCGGCAAAUAAC